AAAAGGAAACAAGAAGAAACCGAAGUGAGAAGGAAGCAGAGCCGUGCGGAGGGGAUGGAGCGGUGAUUUCCUCCCGUGUCACCCAGAACCAGCCCCGAGAGCGGCUCCGUCCCGCAGCACCUCGGGACAGCAGCGAUGGGGCCGGAGCUCUGAAACCCCCGGGAAGGGAAUUCCGGGCAGCACAACCCCCAGAACUGCCCAUGGUGCCCUGCCCCAAAAAAACCCGCCCCGCUCCUGCAGGGAAACGGGAAAACGGAGCUCAUGAGGACACGGAGGAAACAAGAGGAGCUGGUGACAGGAGUUCCCUUCUCUCCAGGCACCAAAAUGCCACUUGCAUGGAUCGUGCCCUCAGCAAUGUGGUUGGUGCUGCACUGCACAGCAGAAUCCAGCAGGAGGGGGGCUGUGAGCGCCAGCAGAGCUGCCCGGGGCUCUGCAGAGCUCUGUCGCGACGGGAACGUGACAGCCAGCACGGACAGUGCCAUCCAGAGGGGCACCAGCGUCACCCUGUCCUGCCAGCUGGCAGCUGCCUCCUGCUGGGCAGCGAUCUUCCUCAACAGCUCCGAGCAGCCGCGCUGGGGAGGCUCAGUCAGCAAAACCUUCCAGGUCACCACCUGCAAGCACACCUUCACCUGCAAAGCCAUCUGCGACACGGCCAAAAUCGUGUGUGGCAUCGAUAUCGUGUGUGGCAAUCCUCCGGAGCAGCCCAGGAACGUGUCCUGCAUCCAGCACGGGACACGGGGACAUCCCAGCUGCUCGUGGGACAGAGGGAGGCCCACCUUCCUCCCCACUGCCUACAGGGUAGAGCUCUCCAAUGGGACUGAUGCCUUUUGCUUCCCAGAAGGAUUUCCCAACCAGGGGAUUGGCUCCUGGGCUCAGAACCAGCUGGAUUUUAACUCCAAUUACACCGUGGUGGUUUCUGUCAAUAAAUUGGGAAAUGCCUCUUCCCAGCCACUCACCUUCACACUGAUAGACAUAGUGAAGCCACAUCCUCCCGAAUUUCUGGUGGAAUUUGAUGAUUUCUGCACCAUUUCCUGGCUGGGUGAAGCUCAGGCACAGCUCCACAGGCUGAGGUAUCGUCCCCCUCGCAGGGACUCCUGGAGUGCAGAGCUUCAGCAGGGAGCAGUUGCAGCUGCAGGGCUGGAGCCUGACACAGAGUACGAGUUCCAGGGGAGCUGCAGGGUCCUGCCCCAGCGGGGGCUGUGGAGCGACUGGAGCAGGAGCCGGAGCCGCACCCCAGCCACAGUGCCAACUGGGAUCCUGGAUGUCUGGUACCGGCAGCAGGACCUGGGCUCUGGGCUCCAGAACCUCUCCUUUUUCUGGAAGGCUCUGAGGCGCUCGGAGGCAGGAGGGACAAUCCUGGGAUACACGGUGACCUUGGAAGCGCUGGGGCACGGGGAGCUGCAGUCCCACCACACCACCCAGACCAACUUCUGCAGGGUCACCCCCAGGCUGGGCCACAGGGUCACGGUCACAGCACACAGCCCCCGGGGCAGCUCGGCCCCUGCAGCCAUCCUGACCCAGCUGGGCAGGGCAGAUCUGCCCCCUCCUGAGCGAGUCUCUGCCGUGGCCCUGGGGAACAGCAGCAUCCUGGUGAGCUGGAGCCCCCCUGCUGGAGCUGCUGUGCCCAUCGGGGGUUAUGUGGUGGAGUGGGCAGAGCCACACUGCAGCCCUGGCACAGCGGUCAAGCUGCCCCCGUCCCACCUGUCUGUGGUGGUAGCAGAGCACAUCAGAGACAACAUCUGCUACCAGAUCAACGUGUCUGCACUCUAUCAGCACAGAGCUGGCCGGGCAGCCUCAGUCAGGGGGAACUCCACAGCACAAGCCCCCUCAGCCGGGCCCCAGAUGCUGCCCACGCCCUGGGCCAGCGGAGUGCUGGUGUCCUGGGAGGAGAUCCCAGCUCCCCAGCAGAGGGGCUGCAUCACUGCCUACCACAUCUACCUGCACAGCAGGGCCAGGCAGGGCCAGCCCGAGCUGCACGCUGGAGCAGCAGGACCCCGUGCCAGGCUCUCCCUUUCCAUCCCUGUUUUCCCCGCAGCCGUUCCUGCCGGGAAUCCUCGCUCCCUGCACAUCCCUGCCCUGCAGCCCCGGGAGCACCACGAGCUUUGGGUGACAGCGGCGACAGCGGCCGGGGAGGGGCCCCGGGGCAACACGGCCACCGUCUGCCUGGAGAGUGCUGGGGACUGGGUGACCCUGGUGAUCAUCUGCAGCUUCUUCAUCCUCUCAGCCUGUGUCUGCUCUGUGCCUCCAGCAAGGAAAGUAGUCCUGUCCCUCCUCCUGCCACAGUGGCAGAGCAAAGCCAUUCCCGACCCUGCCAACGCCACGUGGGCCAAGAGCUUGGCGGCUACCAAGGAUGAGCUGAGCGCUCCCUCCAGCCCCUUCCUGCCCUGCGAGGAGCCCGAGACGAGCCCGGUGGAGGAAACCUGGGGGGACCCUGAGCCCCAAAUCGCUGGGGACAUCCUUGGGGACAUCGCUGGGGACAUCCCUGGGGACAUCCCUGGGGACAAGGCGGUGGCAGGCAGCGCACAGGAGGAGCAGCAGCUGGCAGGGCUGUACCAGAGGCUGGUGAUGGAGCCCGUGGGGGAAUACAUCUCCAACCCUGCCCUGUCCCCAGUGUCCCCUGAGCCUGUCCCUGUCCCCGAGCCCGAGCCCAGCCCCCUGGCCGUGCUCCCCAGCGCUUUCCUGGCUCCCGAGUUCUGCUGCCAGGGGAAUCUCACCCUGGACAGAGUGAAGCUCAGCUGCAGCUCCUUCCCCAGGUAGGCAGAGGGCGAUGCGAGCCCGGCAGCGAUUCUGGCACUUUAGGAAAGAUUUCGGGGUUUCUCGGCACUUUAUGAAAUAUUGUGAUGGUUCUGUGUGAGGGCAGGCUGGAUUCUGGCACUGUACAAAGUAUUUUGGUGUUUCAGUGUGAGCUCAGGCUGGA